GUGAUCUGGGUUGUGUAGCUAAUUAUCUUCUACACUAGCGCUUGUCUAGAGAAGGCGGAGCUAGGUGAUACGCUCGAGCGCAUUGAGCAGUAUUGCGGGCGGUUCUUAAAGUAGGACACCGAGACUCCUAUAGGCGAGAUCCUUAGCUGGCGCUUACUACUGUUUACUAUCUCGAAGGAGGUCGUUGGGCCGCACCAAGCACAGUGGGAUGUAGACGAGAAGGUUCUGACCUACCGGGACGUUGAUUUGUAUAUGGAUCACGUGCCGCGGCUCUUACUCUCCGACUUCUAGUAGGCCUAGCACUUACUCUACGACAAGCUGAUGUUCGGAGCCUAGAACCUCCCGCGGAUGCGUACUUAGGCUUUAAAGGACAACUUAGACGCUGAUGCCUUUGGCUAGUUCUUUGGCUAGCACCGGGAGAACGUUGAGCUAGUAAAGCCGCUGGUAAGGUCUUUGCUAACCGUUAUCCAAGACUCGAAGCCGUUGUGGGACUCGUUCCUGGAUGCUACCGCAGAUUGCGCUAAGGUCUGGCGAGGGAAGGCGAU